AUGAGGUCCAGUUGGGUGGGCACGAGCAGGGGAGGUGCCCUGGGCAGUGGCUGGAACGGGAGCAGCAGACAACACGCAGAGGCUGCGGGAGGGCUGGUCACAAUAGUCCAGUGCAAGUCAACAGCAAGCAUGGAGCUCUCGGCACAGGCUGAAUGUGAGGCCACAGGCGGCCCCAGUGGGGCGGGCCUGGGCAUCCCAACUGCUGUUCAAGUUCAGUUGCGUGCUUCGGAGGCAGCCAAUCGAGCCGAGCCUCUGGGAGCCACUGCAGAACAGAAGUACCGACGCCCAAGAGGAGAGCUGUGGGCGCACGAGAUCUUCCGAUAA